UGUUGCUAGCGGAAAAUUUCCGAAUGCCAACGUAUAGCUACUAGCAAAAUUGUUACACAAGACAAUUAUGUUUGAAACACAGGAAAAGGUUAUCAGAAAGAAUUCUUUGAAGCUGUUGUGGUUGAUAGGCGGUAAGGUGGAGCAAUUCUUUCAGUACCUUGCUAGUUUAGGGAUUAUAAUUGUAAGCCAUAUUAGGCCUUUGCGGUAACGUUCACGCAGUUAGAAAACUUUAGUUCUUGAUUUGUGCUGUGGUCUUAACGGAUGAGCUAUAAAAACUACUUUACACAACAUAUUAGCUUGAAAUAAAUCGUACCUACCGUAUAAUCAUGGUGUACUGCAAGGUACUACAUGAAAUUGCUUGUUCUGCAUAAAAUAAUCAGUUCUAUUUCAUGUUUUGCGUCUAUAAGCGAUAUUCGUUAGGUGCUGUUGAGUAGAAUCGUGCAAAAGGAAUUCUAAAGUAAACGUUUCCUCGGCUCAGUGGGAUUAGGUUAGGGUUACCCUGCCAUGUAACGCACAGUUGCAUGUUUUUAGACAGAGAACUGGUAUAAUUAUAUUGUGCUUCAGAAGAACCAGGAAAAUAUGCACAUGGUUUCGAUCUACGUUUUCAUCCUUUCCCUAUGCAAUUGUGGAAUCGUGAAAGUUCCCGACCUUUCCGUUUCCUUCCUAGCGCACGUUAAUUUCUUGUUGCACUUUGGAAUCUUUGCUGAAAGUCCACUUUCUAGUAUCGACAGUAUCAGAUAGAAUUUGCAUAUCUGUGUAACGCGCAAAUGUAAAUUCUUUACCAAACAAUUAGAUAUUGAGUCGGUGAAGCGAGUCUAUGUUAUUUUACUUAAUAGCAUAAAAUAAGCUCUUUUGUUAACCUUUCAUAGAGACGCAUUAGGCUCUUUACGAGAGAUUGAUCAUGUGCCUAGACGGACACAGGAGGCUAGUUCUCCUGGAAAGAUACUGACAUAAAAUAGGAAAAACGUUUAAAUAUAUACGAGUCCCGUGGCUCCUUUUUUGAUUACAGUUUUACUGAUUAUCGACAAGAAAAAGGAAAAAGAUUUUUGUUGUUUAGGUGACUUUAAGCUAAACUAAUCCUCCCACGGGUAUGGAAAGACCUACAUGCUUGCCUUGUAACUUUGUAAAAGGCGACUGAGCAUGAUUUUCCGGAUGUGAUUACGGGCAGCACCGUUCUAUCCAUGGCCAGUAGCCUAGCCGUUCGAAGGAAGAGGCAGUCUACCCGUAUUGACGGCUAAUAUGGAUGAUGCGGGUAAUUAACCCAUUCCCGUACAAGUAAACGGUGUAUCUGUUAAGGUCUCUAUCAGUACUUGUAUUGUUAUUGUACCAGUGCUUAGAAAUGUAUCAACGCUUCUUUCAAUUUAAACUGGUUUAUCAGUUUCGUCUGUUUUCAAUUGUUACACUAACGUUUUCAAUUAUCAUUUUUCAUCCUCAGCCAUUAUCGCAAGAUCUGCUUGGUCAAAUGAAGGUACAGAAAUGUCAAAUAGUUUGUAAAGACUGAGUUGCCUAGAAUCAGGGACAAAAGUAGUUGACACACUUGUCUAAAACGUGUUCUUUUAUCAACAAUUUCAUUCAGUUAUAUCAUUUCAUUCUGUUUAAACGCCGUAAAUCCCCCAACCCCCAAAUCAACAUUGUUUGCAGUAAGAGAAAGACUUGUGGGUCUAAAGCAGAACAUUGAUUUUUGGGGAAGGGGGUGGGGGUACACAGGGGGAGCGGAUAGGUAGGACCACUAUGCAAAAAGGGGCCAUUUUAUAGAAGUGUCUUGACACUUUUGUCCCUCAUUGUAGAUGGACAGAAAUAGAUGGUUCAUUAAAAGCAUUUACGUUGCAACAAUGAAUUCAUUUUCUUUAAAUGCUAAGAAAUAUCCUGCGAGAUAAACUACUAAUGUACUGGCCUAAUCUAAGUACCUAACUGAAAUCUACAAUAAGAAACCUUAAAAUAGUUGUAAGGACAUUGCGAAAUUCAAACGAGUAACAAGAAAGGGCGGCUGUCUCCUUUAGUGUUGUAAAUUUAUUAGGUAGCUGUAUGUAGAUUUCAUGUCAAACUGAUUUAAGUCGGAAAUACAUUUUCAUGAUUAAAAACACAUUUACAGUGCUUUAUUUCUUAAUUUAUUGGAGUUGUGUAAUCAUUCACACCAUGCAAGAUCCUAUACCGAUGCAGAUACGUUAGACAGUCUGGCACGUUGGCACGAAGCACCAAACGGCAACAACACCUAACAACAGGAGCAAAAAAUGAAAAUGGGUUAAUGACUAGAUAAAGAUAUACUCACCUACAGCAAAUAUAGUUUCACUUCAGGAAUUUGAUAGAGUUUAAAUUUUCAUGCAAAUCCUCAGACUCUAAGAUAUUGAUUAGACUCAUUUGAAUGUUUUUGAUCUUAGAAAAGACACAGACACUCCUCUUGAACCCCUUGCUUUAGCUCAUUUCGUUCAACUUUUCAGUUUGCAGUGAAAUAGUUUAUCUUGGUGGUGACUUCGGAAUACACCGAGGAAGAUUUUCAAGCCCAGGUUAUCCGUCCGGGACCUACCCGAGUAGGGAGAAAUGUACGUGGAUAAUAAAGGUACCAUUGAAUUACCGUGUUUUACUGCACUUCGAUGGUCUGGACGUGGAAUCCUGUCCAACUGCAACGAACAAUUGCGCGUGCGAUUAUGUGACUGUAUCCGAUGGACAGCUAUUAAGAGACAGACUUCUAGCAAAACUCUGUGGAACUAAGCCUCCCUCCGAUAUUAUUUCCAGUGGAAGGUUUGUUAGAGUUGAUUUAGUGACGGAUGAGUUAAAUGAAAGGAAUUUCAAAGGUUUCUCUGCGCAGUUUUAUUCCAUUUCACCGGAUGGCGCUACACCUACAAGUAUCGAUGAACGAGAUACUGGGAACAACAAAAAGACGGUACCACCUGAGCAGGAUGGCCCCGAAAAAGGUAAUCAGAUUCUCAUCGAUCGUAAUGCUCUUGAUCUUUGUCUAUUAAAGACAGAUAAUAAGAGAAGGUAUGACCUGACAGUAACAAUUGUCUCACGGAACUAAUUGGAGAUACGUUUCGGAUCAAAUUGUAAUUUGGGUUGACUUUUGGGGAGGGAGGAAAACCGGGAUGCUUACAGUUUGUACAAACCGCUCGGGUGGAAGUCUUGCGCAAUACUGUAUUACAGGGAUUUUUAAAAAAUCGUCGGGUUAAUGAACAGAGGAACUCCCUGUGUUGAGACCCUUUACUACCAAGGCGAGUGCAAUGCACUCCUUUAAGCGCCAGCUCCUCACAGUACAUGUGGUAGCUGUUGGCUGGGACUGUAAAACAGUCUCGUGCGAUGCGUAUGAAGUCGUGGAUCGUCUAAAUUAAUAGGCCGCUGCCCGGGUGAUAUGGCUGUGCGCAUGCACAGGUACUGGCCAUACCGCGGAGUUGAGUAGUGUGACCAUUGCUUUCAGAUGGUUUAUUAUGUGCGUUUUGUUUGUCUUAGGUGGUAGCAGCACUAUAAUGAUCGCUGUCGUGUGUAGUCUUGGUGGAGUUGCAAUAGUCGGCAUAAUUUUAGUCUGCAUUUAUAUGAAGACGAGAAAGCAAGCCCAAGCAAACCCCGCACCCAGAGGACAUCCCAGUGCUUCUUUCCAAAGGACUCAGGAACCCUCACGACCCCCACCUCCCUACUCAUCAGUGGUUUCUAACGCACCCCCUUCUUACUCAUCAACGGCCUCCCUAGGGUAAACACGACCCAAAGCCAUGACUGGCUACUACCCCUUGGGCUACAACUAUGUUAUUAGAAGAAAUGCGAUAUUUGUGAUGGAAACCAGAAGAUCUUACUACCCGUAGCCUGUGUACAAACGUCCCCACUCCCUCUCAGAAAAAAUGGGGAGAAGAGAACUCUCACGAUUUUUUUCUGCGGGGGGGAGGGACCGUUCUGUACACAGGCUAACCACCUGGCGA